AUGGGAAAGCUCACCGCGCCCGCCAUACGAGCCCGCAAGGUACGUGACGGCGCUGAUCCUCUGGUGAUGGUGACGGCCUACGACGCGCCGAGCGCCCGGGUGGUGAGCGAGGCCGGUGCCGAUCUGAUCCUGGUGGGCGAUUCUGUCGCCAUGGUGGUGCUGGGCUAUGACGACACCCUGCAGGUGACCGUCAACGACAUGGCCCACCACACCGCGGCGGUGGCCCGGACCAAACCCGAGGCCCACAUCGUGGCCGAUCUGCCAUGGAUGAGCUAUCACGUCUCUGCCGAGGAGACCGUCCAGAACGCGGCCCUGCUCAUCAGAGCAGGCGCCCAGUCCGUGAAGCUGGAGGGUGGCCGCAAGCGCCUGCCGAUGAUCGAGCGCAUCCGCGACGCCGAGAUACCCGUCAUGGGCCACAUAGGCCUCACUCCCCAGUCGCUGCACGCCAUGGGCGGAUUCAAGGUCCAGGGCCGGCAUGCCGAGGCCGCUCGCCGGCUCGUGCAGGCGGCCAAGUCUCUGUCCCACGCGGGCUGCUAUGCGAUCGUGCUCGAGGGCGUCCCGGUCCAAGUGGCGGAGAUGGUCACUGAAGCUGUCGAGAUCCCGACGAUCGGCAUCGGCGCCGGUCCCCAUUGCGACGGCCAAGUCCUCGUCUAUCACGAUCUGUUGGGGUUGGAGACCCGUCUCGCUGCGAAGUUCGUGCGCCGCUACGCGGAUCUCGACACCUUGGCGACCGAGGCCGUCCGGUGCUUCGCGGACGAUGUGCGGUCCGGAGCGUUCCCGUCUUCGCGGGAGUCGUAUCACCUGUCUGAGGUCGAACUCGCCGCCUUGGGAAUUUCAGGUCUCUAG